AACACCUCCAGAUACCUUCAAAAUUAGUCUCAUUCGCACGAACUAUACACUCCUAAUGGUAUGAAUUGCUCCACCAUAUACAACUUACCUUCAGCUUACAACCCUCAGUCUCGCGACUCCUCCCGCACACAGCUCCACCUCCGCUCCCCACACCACGCCGACCUCUUCGAGGCCUUCACCCGCGCGCCUCUCACUCCCGAUGAUAUCACCAUACCACCACAUCUCCAGCCUCCGAACCCCGAAGACGAGGACGAUGUUGUUCCCGACCAGCAUGCGGCUUUCGGCAUCCAGCGCGCGACUAUGAAGCAGCGUGAGCCGACAUGGAGGGACCUGGGCCUCGAAGAAUUGGUAAAGAAGGGCCCGGAGGAUAUCUUGGGUGAGAAAGGUGCUUCGGCGAAGGGUGGAAGUGUGGGAGAACAGUUAAGGAGGAAGAAAGCCUCUGGCAGUGGGUUGCCGCGGUGAAGAGAGCCUCAGUUGUUAUGCUGCUCGAGCAAAGACAUUGCAUCGAAUGAUGCCUGAGAGGCAUAAUUGCCAGGAUACAAAGUUUAUCGCCUCUCAAAUCAUGCCUAUGGUGUGCAAGUCUCUGCACGAUCAACGAAUCCUCAUCAACGAACACUACGUGUGGUUGUAUCUGG